GAGGCGAGCGAAGGCGUUCGCGGAGUUCGCUCUCCCUCUCUCUUUUUUUUUUCUUUUCCCGUCCGCGUACUCGCCACCGUGGCGAUCGCCGCGGGGCCCACGGCGGCGCACUUUGGCGGCGGCGAGAGAGAGCUCGAGGGUACUCCGACAUCCGCGCGCGGCCGCCGGGACGUGCCGCGGGGAUAAUGCCGCGGGAGUAGCGCGCGGCGGUGUCUCUCCAUAACCUAGAGCCGAUCGCGAUCGUGCGGAGACAUGCCGCCGACAAAGAAGGGGGACCUGGACAAGUUAGCAUGGGCCUGGGUAGAAUCCGUUAGUCCAGAGGAGAUUGAGAAGGUACACUUGGAGACUGCGUAUAGGAUCGGAUUGAAGAGCUGCAAAAAUUGCAAACGCAAUUGCACCUACAAUCCGCAAUGCCUGACAGGCUUAGGGGAGGAAAAGUAUAUGAAGUCGCAGCCGGCCGAGGUGGUGUCCUUAGAAAGUUCCUUAUCCGAGUUACGUGAUCCGACACAGUAUGUCGGCUUAAAGAAUCUAGGUGCUACUUGCUACGUCAAUAGUUUAAUCCAAAUGUGGUUCCACAAUGAAGACAUGAGGAGAAUAAUAUACAAAUGGGACAUUACGGAAGAUCCGGAGGAGAAGGAGGCGUUGUACCAGUCUAAGAAAGCAGGAAUACCCUACCACCCGGUUACCGCGGUUGGCCAAUUGCAGUACAUUUUUGCAAUGAUGCAAUUCGGCAAUCGGAGCCUCCUCGAUCCGAUCAAUCUCGCUAUCGCGUUGUCCCUGGACACCAGAACGCAGCAAGACGCGCAGGAAUUCUCCAAGCUGCUAUUGUGCCAUAUCGAAGGAAAGCUCAGAGAGCAAAACUCUGAGCUGAAGCCGAUGCUGCAGAGGCUGACUCAGGGAAAAUACAGCUAUAUCAAUCGUUGCUCCACGUGCAGCACUGAGUAUCCAACGUCCACCACGUUCUAUGAAUUGGAUCUGCAGCUGGCGGCCACUUUGAGAGAGGCGAUCGAUAAUUAUCUAUCGGAGGAACAGCUGACGGGGGCAAACCAAUACCAUUGCGUUACUUGCAAUGAUAAAAAGGACGCCAAGCGAUUCAUACGACUGGAGUCUCUUCCGGAAACGUUGAAUAUUCAGCUAAUGCGCUUCGUGUUCCACAGAGAUUCCGGGCAGAAGAAGAAGUUGAAUUCGUAUAUUCAGUUUCCCGAAGACCUCGAUAUGUCGGAAUACGUUAGGUGUCAGCCUCAAACUCAUCUCUACAGUCUCGUCGCUGUAUUGAGCCACAAGGGUCCAUCCGCACAUUCCGGACAUUACAUCGCGAAUAUAUGUAAUUCAAGCGGCGAGUGGUAUCAAUUUAGUGAUGAUAAAGUUGAAAAAAUGCAGAACAAACGAAUCGAGGAUGGCGUCAAUGAUAAAUCGAUGAAACGUGGACGUGUUCCAAAAGGAUUCCUGUCAUCCAAUACGGCUUACAUGUUGGUUUAUAAAAAGCUAACUACAGAUUGGCGAACGAAUGGUACGAAGAAAGUGAAAUUGAAGAAGCCCGAUGCAGAGGUGAUUGUCUCUAGCGAGACCGUUUUCUUCGACAAGUUCACAAUUAAAGAAAAAUCGGAUGAAACGGACGAGACGAGACAGAAGCGGGACGUCGAAGAUGCGCCAUUAAUUCCGGAAGAAAACUCUAAAAAGACGCCGAGUGUGGAUGCGGAAAAUACCAUAGUAAAUAUCAUAGAAACGGAUGAAUCUGCGAUAUCCAAAAAGACUGAUACACCUAUCACGGAUAAGAGUGAAAUUAAGAGUGAAACUACAAAGACUGUCGCUAGCACAAAUGGCUGUAAAGACACACAUGACUCUACCGUGGAGCCGUUACAGAAUAAAGUUCACUGUCUAAAACAGCCAGUAGUAAAAGUUGUUAAGCUCGAUUACAAACGACUGAACGGCGAUGCGCACAGAGCUAUGAGUUGCGGAGAACGUGAUUUUUAUGAAGAGAUGGAAUUUGAGAAUUGGCAGGUAAGCAGCACGAUGCGUGAACUUGUCAGACAAGAGAACGUUAAACACGAAUUGAGCUUGUUAGCCGUACAGCAAGAAAAACAAAAAGAAAUUGAGGAUCAGAAUUCCAAACGGCAACUUAUAAUAGACGUGUAUAAUAUAAUCCAAUCUACGGUAUCUUGGAGUGAUUAUUAUUGGAUACCAACGGAUUGGCUGUCGAAGUGGUUGACCGGACAUUCCUCUGCAGUCGACGUUCGUCCGAUCGACAAUACCAGUUUAAUGUGUUCGCACUAUCGGCUCGAUCCAUUGAAAGUUAGCCGUAUGAAAUGCGUGCCGGAAGCAGCAGCCCAUAUGCUUUACGACAGAUAUCAAGGAGGUCCGCGAUUAGAUCAGACAUUCUUGUGCGAAGUUUGCGUGAAAAGACGCUGCAAAUUGCUGCGUUUCAAAUUAGCGCUUGAGCGAGAUUACAAAGAAGUCGGGGAGUUGAUUCGCACGUUUAAAGAACCUGUUGAAUCGAGCUAUAUAAUCGGUACCGAUUCGCUGCGUUCUUGGCGAAGAUUAGCCAUGGAAACGUUUCAAGAGGAUGUGGAACAAAAGGUAGACGAUUGUCAGGAUACUCCGCCGGAAGAGAGUAAGAACACGGACAAAGACAGCAACGAUUGCCCGAAGGAAGUUGAGGAGAACAAGGAGAAUGAGGCUAUUAUAAACUUCAACGAGGACUUGCUGUGCGAGCAUAAAUCUCUGAAAACGGCAGACUCCAGUAGGAAAGUGAUACCCCAAGAGGCAUGGUUGAUUCUGAAGAAAUAUUUUCCGGACUCGAAGGAAUAUCCCGUUGGCUCGCCGUCCUGUUCGAUCUGCGAGGAGAGGAUGGAAAGUGCGCAAAGAGCGAAGAAAGACGACAAGAUAAAGGCGAAGCAGCAGAAAGACAAGCUCACCGACUUGUACUACGGAAGGAAUAGGAAUGAAAUCUCCAAGUGCACUGAUCCCGAGAAAUCCUUCUACAUCGUUGAGAAAAGCUUUCUGGACAGUUGGCGCUCCUUCAUUCGAUACGCGGAGAUCUAUUCGAGAACGCCACCGGCAGGCAUCCAAAACGCGCCGCUCCUCUGCGAAGAGCAUAAAGGAUUCCUGCAUAAGCCCAGAAUUAACAACGAACUGUACAGUAUAGUAACCGCGGACGAAUGGUCGAAACUCGUCGAAUUCUACGAGGUCGAUUAUCCCAUUGUCAUAAAGAAGACUAAGGAUGACUAUCAGACGGAUCCCGGCCUGUGCUCUGCCUGCAUGUUAGCGAGGUUCGAACAGGAACGUCUAGAAAGCUUGAAGUACGAUAGGGCGACAAUCUACGUCAAAUGUAUUGACGAAAAUGAGGACUCCAAGACGGACAACGAUUACGAGGUAGCGUCAAAAAAGCCGAAGAUGGAAAAGGCACGUCCGUCACGAAGUAGGAGAAAAUUAAAAGGAUCUCACGAGCUCAAAGUGUCUUCUGAGAUUACUUUGAAAGAACUCAAAGUAAUGACGAUGCAGAUUUGCGGGGCUGGGCCGUACGAUCAGCAUUUAAUGCUAGGAGAACACGAACUCAUCGACGACAAUUUGAGCCUGGCCGCACUCGGAAUAUUUCCUGGAGCUUUACUUACGCUAAAGAUCGACGCACCAUUAGAAAAUGAGACCGACGUCGAGUCCGAUGCGCACAAUUUCGAUACUUUAUCGCCAGAGAAGGGCUUCAAGGGAACGGAACUGGUGCCGAGCUGAUCUGUAUGAACAUAAUGUAGCCAAUUUUCGUUUACGUUUAAUAAUAAUAAUAGUCGAUUUAACGCAAGAUAUUUUUAUACACAAUCUAUACAUUUAUGUAUAUACAUAUAUAUCCACAUAUAUACAUAUUAAAUAUAUAAAUAUUUGAUCCUUAUAUGCACGCAUCCGUUACCAAGUUGUGGAAAAAAAGAGUAUAAUUCUACUGUUGUGUCUUUACAACUUAUGCUACAUGAGCUAUUUGUUAACAAAGUAGUAACGAACAGAUUUGUAUAACGUAAGGGAAAGAUACUACUGAGAGCAGUGGAACAAAGCUUGUUGGGUCAUUCAUGAGUACAAUGAUUUUGUAAUUCAUUAAAUUCUUGUGGAUUGGAGAAAUAAAGUAGAAACACGGAUAUGCUUCCUCUUUCUUCGUUUUAUAUAUUUGUUUUUAUGAUCGAAACGGUCCAUACAUCUAUCCCGAAUGUAUAUUAACGCGAAAAUUUUAAUGAUAGUUUUAUAGAUCAUGUAUUUAAUUCGUUUGUAAAAAUAUAUGGCUUGAUAAUA